AUGUUCAAACUAAAUACCUAUAUAGACCGGUCGUCCGAAGGCGCUGAUGUCCUACUGUUGCUGAGUCGGAAAACCAAAGGAACUCGUUUCAAUAUGAGAUUCGCGGCCAUCGUCACUACGCUCGCUCUCCUCACCGGUUUUGCAGCUGCGGCUCCAGCUGUUCCUGGCAAUGCCGUCGAACCCCGCCAGACCCGAGAUGGUUUCUAUUGUCAGGAAUGCGUAAAUGGAAAGAAGGACUGCGUUGCCUGCACAGAUGGAACUUGCCUGGGAUGGGCCUAUGACUGCUAG